AUUAAAAGAUAUUAACACCUUGGACACCUUGUGGUCACAUGGUGCAGCAACGUGGGCCGGUGGGGUAAAGUUACCUCUCCUCACUUCUGCCUUUUGCUUGGAUCACUGCAGCGGUCCCAGUGGUCAGUCUAAUUCUGUCUGAGCUGGUCGGGUGGAGGAGGGGGAUUGCUGUAUCUGCAAUCCCAGGCCCAACCUGCCAAAGGGCAAAGACACCGACUGUCUAAACUUGGUCUCUGUCACUCUGUCUCUCCAGCCUUUUCCUCUCGUGUAGAAUUAAAGACAAACGUUAGAAAAUAUCUGGACUUUUUGUCCGUCUGAUAAAAGAAAGGAAGUUCUAAUUUACAAAGAAGAGUCUUGUCUUGGCUUAAGAGUUUUUCACGCUGGAAUACCUGGUAGGAUUAAAUCGUUCAGAGGAGUGAGGAAAAUCCCGAUGUUUUAUCUUCAUGGAAACAUAAUCUGCCCAAGGAUUGCCUUUUCAGAAGGAUUUUAAUUCUGGAAGUAUGACUGAAGCAGCUGAAGCUCGAUCGUCAGUGACAACCACCAUGGUCAUUGACGGGAAGGCCGGAGAGGCCGGCUCGACGACUCUCCGGUCGUCAAAGAAAAUGUUUACAGACGACCUCUACUCUACGUUCAGCUCCCCUCUGGCCUGGAUCCUGGUUCUGGCACUAAUCAUCACCUGGACAUGCGUGUUCAUUAUUAUGUUUGAUGUGGCCGAUUAUAAGACCAUUGCAGAUCGCCCUCCUGCUGGGAUCAGGAAGGUUUUAAAGAGUUCAGGGCGCAGAGGAGGUCUCAGUAAGUUCGGUUCAGAUCCUGUGAAGGUGGUGAACGAUGCCGUGGACGAAUCAACAAACAUUAUUAGCGCCAUGUUCAGUUUCGCUGCAAACCUCAUUGCUCCAGACGAAGAAGAAGGAAUGCUGUAUGCGGUGAGGAAAAAAGGAGAAUUUUUACCGCCAAGAAGUAAAGUUAUAGGAAUGCAAGUUCAGACAAAACUAGAAAAGGCAGAAGAAGCAGCAAAGGAAGAGGAAGAAGAGGCCUCUGAGGGGGAGGAAGAGGAGGAGGAUGAAGAUGAAAUGGAGGAAGAGGAGGAAGAAGAAAUAGAGGAGGAGGAGGAGUAUGAUGAGGAAGGGGAAUAUGAAGAGGAUUAUGAUGAGGAGGAGUAUGAGUAUGAAUAUGAGGAGGAUGAAGAGGACGAUGAGGAAGCAGAAGAAGAGCAGGAGGAAGAAGAGGAGGAGGAACAAGCAGAUGAGGAAGAGGAAGCAGUAAGCACUGAAGAAGUUGAAGAAGAAGAGGAGGAGGAAGAAGAGUUAGCUGAAGAUGAGGAAGCAGAGGAGGAGGAAGAAGCUUUAGCUGAUGAAGAUGAGGAUGCAGAAGAAGAAGGUGAGGAGGAGGAAGAGGAAGCUGUAAGCGCUGAAAAAGUUGAAGAAGGGGAGGAAGAAGCACUAGAAUCUGAAGAAGAUGAGAAAGAGGAGCUAGAAGGAGACAUCCAAGAGAAGGAGGACGAAAAGGAGGAGGAAGGAGAGGAAGAGGAGGAGGAUGAAGGAGCUGAACUGGAGGAAGCUGGAGAACCUGAAGAGGAGGAAGAUGAUGAAGCUCCUCCAUCAGCUGCAGUAGAGGCUGAGGAUGAUGAAGAGGAGGCAGGAGAAGAAGAUGAAAAAGAAAUGAAGGCAGAUGCUGCAGCUGCUGAUGAAGAGGAGGAGGAUGAUGAAGAAGAAGCUGCAGCUGCUGAUGAAGAGGAGGAGGAUGAAGAAGAGGAAGCUGUAGCUGUUGAUGAAGAGGAGGAGGCCUCUGAUGAAGCUGCACCUGUUGAUGAAGAGGAGGAGGCCUCUGAUGAAGCUGCUGAUGAAGAGGAGGAUGCCUCUGAUGAAGAGGAGGAGGCCUCUGAUGAAGCUGCUGAUGAAGAGGAGGAUGCCUCUGAUGAAGCUGCUGAUGAAGAGGAGGAGGCGUCUCCUGAACCCGUUUCCACCUCAGAUGAUGAAGAGGCGUCUCUGUCUCCUGAUUCCGACGUUCCCGUCGUCGUCAUAGAAGGCGAUGAAGAUGCGCCACUGCCUGACGAUGAUGAUGACAUUAAAGAUGAAGAGGAUGACAGCAGUGACGAUGCGUUUGUGGAUUCCUCAGAAAUCAGUGACUCAGCACUUCUGUCCAGUGAGGAAGAUGAUGAAGAUGACAGACUAGCAGCGACGUCAGACAGCGAUGAUGUCAUCGCAGAGGACACUGAGGAAGACUUGGAUCUAGAUCUUCCUCACAUAGCAGUUUCUAGUGAUGAAGAUCUUAAAGUUAAAGAUGAGGAAGAUCUUUCUCCUCUACCACCUGUCGAUGAUGAUGAUGAUGAUGAUGACGACGUAAAGGUUUCUGAGGAAGAUGAAGAUGAUCUGGACCAAUCAGAUGACGUUUCUGUGGCUUCCUCUGAACUGUUUGCAGAUGAUGAAGAUGAAGGUAAAGAUGAAGACCUUGAUAAGGACGACCUCAUUGACCUUGAGGUUGAUGAAGAUGAAGAUCUUAUCAAACCUUUACAGGAGGAAGAACAAGAAGUAGCAGAGGAGGAAGAGGAAGAGGCGGACGUUCUUCCUUUGGUCAGCUCAGACAGUGGAGUGUUGGGCGACGAAGAUGACGACGAUGAUGAAGAUCUUGAUGAGGACUCUCUGAGUGAUGAUGAAGAUGAAACCGAGGAAGACGAUGUUGAGACGAGCUUCGAUGAUGAAGAGGAGAAAGAAGUGAUAGAAACAUUGGUUGAGACAGAGGAAGACAUUGAUGAAGCCGAGGAUGACGAAGGUGAAGGUGAAGAGGAAGAUGAGGAAGAUGAAGACGAGGAAGAUGAUGAUGGACUUGAUGACAUCCUGUUGUCUGCCGCCAUUGCAGCAGCGAUCACUGGCCAGGAGGAGGCAGCAAAGACUGCUGUAGAUGAUGAAGAGGCUGAAGCUGAUGAAGACAAGGUGGAGGAAGAUGAAACAGAAGAAGCUGAGACCAGCCAGCCUGCUGCUCCUGAGGAGAAAGAUGAAGAAGAAGAAGCUGAAGAAUCUGUUUCUAAGCCUCAGAAAUCCAUCGACAAAUCCGAAGACAAGGAAGAGGAGUACGAUGAAGACGGAGACGAAGAAAAGGCCACAGUGGAUGUGAUUAAACCUGUGCCUGAGCCAGAGGAGGAAACACGCAAAACAGAACCAGCAGAGUGUCCCUGCCUCCAUUCUGCAAAGACAAAAGAGGCUGUCACCAAGACUGCAGAUAAAAAAGAUGCUCCCAGGAGGGUGUCGGCUGUGCGACGGAAAAAAGAACAGGAAGCUGUGAAGAAGACAGAUGAAAAGCCAAGAAGACAAGCUCUUCCUAGAUUUCCAGCUCUGGAGCCAAAAGCCAGGAGAAUCCGAAGAUUAGCUCCUCUUCUGAAAGCUAAGAUAAAACAGAAGAGCAAGAUGUCAAAAACAGUGAUGGAGACCAAGAAACAGGAAGAGACCACAGAGUCUGCACAGGACGUCAGUCCCUGCAGACCUGCUCCAGUUUACUGCCCGGCCCCCCCAGGAUGGUACGUUCAUCACAUCGUCACAGACAAUCCGUACCCUCCUCCAACCAUGUCAGCUCCCUCUGCUCCGAUUGUGACCGUUCACCCUCCAGCUUCUCCAUCACAGCCUCCAUAUCAGCAGCCUCCUCCUUCACUAAUGCAGCCACUCUAUGCUCACUAUCAGCCAUAUCAGCCACCAGUGCAACCUGCAAUGCCACCUCCUGCAGAACCUUCUCCAUCAGUACAACCAGAACAUCCAGAGGCUCCACAACUGGAACCACCGGUGGAGCCUGAGGCACCGACUCCAGCUGCUGAAGCUCCGCCGGCAGCAGCUGAAGACCAGGAACCAGAGAAAGUUGUGAGAAAAGCUCCCUCAUUGAAGAAAGCUGCAAAGAAAAAAACUAAGGUUGCUGAUUCAGUAAAAGGUAAAGCUCCAAAAAAAGAGAAAACCAAACUUUCUGCUGAGGCUAAAAAAGAGAAGCUUCCAAAGGAGAAAUCCAAACUUCCAGCUGGAGCUAAAAUAGAGAAGCCCGCAAAGGUCAAAUCAAAACUUCCAACAGAAGCUAAAAAAGAGAGGCCUGCAAAAGAGAAAACCAAAUCAAGAAAAGAGCCUGCAGCUGUACAGCAGAAGAGGAAAUCAGCGCCUAAGAGGACAGCGCCGGCUGUCAAGAGCAAAGUCAAAGCAUCCAAAGAUAAGAAAGAACCAGAAUCACGUUCACAGCCUCUGAGACUGAGGACGAGACUGGAAGCUGACAGGAGGACAAACGUGACGGCUAGAGCUGAGCCAAAGAAACCAAUCAGAGUUUCCUUUAAAUCAGAAAAAGCUGCAAAGACUAAAAAGAAACCAGUCAAGAAAGCUGAAGAUAAAGUCAAACAGCCACCAAAAACUCAGGAGCCUGAGACUGAAGACAAUGUUACAGAGAAGACCGAAAAGAAGAAACCGAGUCAGAAAUACUUCCAGUGCAUCUAUUUCCCAGGAAAACACGCACACUAUCCUUUACGACCUUUCACCCCGGCCAUGUCUCCCGCCAUGUUGUCCCCUGCUGUCCGGUCGAUGCUGGAGCAGCAGAGAGCAGCGGGACACUGACCUGACUGACGGACAGAUCUCUAAUUCUGUGACUUCCUCUGUCUGCGAUUAAAACACAGGCAAGAAAACAAAAAGAGGACAGAUUUUAUUUUUAAUUUAGUGAUUUAUUCAGUGGUUGAGCUGCUGGGGACACUUAUGAGAUGUUCUCAGUCUUUUGCACCCACAGCUGUACUUUCACUGCAAUAUAUUGUGUCUAAGUUUAAGAUUUUCUUUGCAAAUACAUAAAUUUCCAAUCAACCCUUUGUUUUUUUAUAUAAUUUUUACCACAAGUAAUUUCAAAGCUGACAGUUUUUACCUUUUUCUGCUCCACUACUAAAUGUCACAGCAGUGACCUGCGCUGCCCCUGUUCACCACAGAUCACCUGUGGGUGCAAGAGAUUAGCAUGCUAACAGUGAAGACUCCAAACCCAGAGGCUCCCACUUUUAUCCCAGCAGCAACCCAUCUCCAGACAUCCAGCAGUAAAAUCCAGCUGCAUGGUAAUAAAAACUGAGAGGCUCUCUAUCAGAGAACAGGAUGAUAUCCUGGUUUAACCUUUAAAUAUUUAAAUUACAGGCAUUUCUCCUUUUAUAGUUCAAAUCCCAGAAAACAAGCCAAUUCCUUCCUUUUUUAUGCUAUAAAGUAAGACCCAAUUGCAACGCAAAAAGUUAGGUUUUACAAACAAAUGCAUAUAUAAAACUAAUUUUAAAAAAGUAUAUUAAAGAGAGCAACUAAACUAGAAAAACAAAAGUUUCUGUACAAAACAAAUUGGCAAAAAUGAAAAGCAGUGCAAUUUAAAUAUGUGGAAUUAGAACUUUGUAAUGUGGAGAUUUCUGCUUACUUAACAGUGAGAGUCAAAAUAAACAAUAAUAUUAAGAAAAUUGGUAGUUAUUUAUAUAUGUUAUCAGUAAAAUUGGAGAUAAAGAAUUAAAUGUACACAACAUCUGAAUUAUUCAUCAUUAAUAUUUUAGAUAAAAUAGAACCUUGAAAUAAUUAUAUUUCUAUUAUGCAUAAAAAAAUACACUUAAUUACUUUUUAAAAAUCCAUAUUUUAUUCGGUUAUUGGAACCUUUUACCUCAAUGUUUUUAUUAAAUUGUGGCACCUUCAGGCCUCCGUAGACAAUGGUGGAGAAGCUGCAGGAGUUUUAGCGUGAUGCGUUUGGAGACGGGGAAACUGCAGGACAACUUAGACGUGACCAACUGAAGCGACGUUGUGAUUGAAUGUAGUUUUAUCAGCCUGUGAACCGGGCCCGAUGCGCCGUCGCUUUUUUACCUCGAUUCUUCUCGGUUCUGGUGAUGCGACUCAGCAACAAGUUCACCGUUAUGGUUUUAUGACUUACUGAGCGCUGCCAGACAUUUCCUUCUGUUGUCUUAUUGAAUAGAAAUCUAUGCUACUGUAAAGGAACCAAAAGGGAGUUUCUACUCCCACGAUGUUUCACUCCUGAUGGUUCUGUGCACAUGAUUAUUAUCAAAGAAUGUGGAAAUUAAAUAGUUUAUGUGACAGAAUAGUCCAGUUUACUCGUACUGCUGCAAAGGGACUAAAUAAAGCAGUUUGACAUGUGGGACUGAAUGCGGAUAAGCUGUGCCGAAUUAUGCGCCAGCUGAUCUUUCUGAAAUGUCAACAAUACAAACAAAGCAGAGAAAACUAUUAAAAUGCAGAGUUUAGUUUUGUAAACCUGCAGAGAACUUCUGUCAUCUAAAACAGUGAAUGCCCGACAAUUUAGAGUUUUCUGAGGAAUGCAACUCCAAACUAUUCACAGAAAAUUCACAGAUUCAAGGAUUCAUUUCUUACAGUGUUUCUAAAAUAUUUGAAAGAAAAUGCAGGUUAGGAAGCUGAAAUAUUUUGACACAAUCCUACUGGUCGUUCGCAAAGCAGCCAAUCCAGAGACGUGCCAUUUAAUUUUCUUGGCACUGACUGGCUGACCAGAGAUAAAGGAGACUGGAUAAGUGCUAAGACAUUAUUCUCUGUGCAUAUUAAUGAAUAUUAAGGUAUAUUUAGUGUUUGAACAAUGAAAAAUAUGCAGUUAUAAGAGUAAUAAGAGACGGGCUCAAGUAAUUUUGCUGCUUGUUGGUGACUUUGGUCCCUAACCCAUAAAUACUGGGGAUCCACUGUAGAAUUACCAAAGACUCUACAGUGAGAUUCGUGGACAAUGUGGACAUUUCUGACAAGUUUUCCAAAGCAGCUCAAAUGUGUAAUUCUUUGUUAUUUUUGAGUUUGCCAAUUACCAGUUUGCUUAAACUUCCUUUCAGAAAGUCCGAAAGUUUGGGUGGGAAGUAUUAUUUUACAUCUGCCAAACAUCUGGUUUUGGUUUGCUUUGAUGCAUUUAACCCUCAGGUUUGUUGAAAACUUUGGAGUCCAAAUCUAAAAUGGGUUCAAGGAAACUCUGGUCUCAGUUCUUUACAGGACUGGACUGACUACAGUGAAUGUGUUUGUUGGCGUGGCCUUAAAUCACACCUGUAAGCCAGGUGUUAACCUUCAGUUUGUUGUAAAUGUCGUGUUUGCAGCUUAUAUUUGUGUUAUUUACAUUAACACACAGUACUCACAUUGUACAGCUGCAGGUAUAUGUAUUUUUAUUUAAUUAUUACUGUAGAUUAAUGUCAGUGAUGAAAGGACAGACUAUGAUGUCAUAAAAACAAACAGAAGGAGCAGACGUCAGUGCAAUCUGAUGUAAAUAUGUUUGGUGGGAAACUUAGUUGAAGCUUGAAUAUGUUACAGGUUUUAAAUUCAUGUUUGAUUUUGUUAAGGUGAGUUGACUUUUUAUGCAUGUUGUUACAUUUUAUCACAAUACUUUGCCUUGACGUUUUUGUUUUAUUUCUUCUUUCUUUUAUUUCACUGUUAGUUUUUCAUCUGCAGAGGAAUGAGCAUUUAUUGAUCUUAAACCUCUGAGACAAAAAAAUGUUUGUUGGCAUUUUUCCAACUGUGAGCAGAAUAAAAGUAGUAAGAAAU